CAUUUAUAACCAGUUCUUCCUACAAGUAGUACUUUUGGCCAUAUGGAACCGCGUCCUACAUUUCAAUCUGCUUAAGCAGUUUCCUCUUUCCUUCUCACAACAAUACUGUUUCAAGUCGGUGUUCUUCAUCAUCAUUCGUUUACUUUUACGUUUCCACAUAAAAAAGUGCUCAAUCACAAUCCCUUCUGUUUGCUCACUAAAAGCAUCGGGAUCCUUAUAACCAUGAUCACAAAGGAAUGUUUUUUUCAACAUGAAACUUAGCUUACUUCAAAGUACAGUUCUCAUUUUCCUAUUUGCCUCAAAUUAAAGCUCUGUAGCUUAGCUUACCUGGACAUUGAAGAAGAUCAUGACAAUGCAAAUCUCAGGUAACAAGUUUGAAAGAGCACCAAGCAUUCGACAGCUGUUUCCACCCAAAAAUCUUGAGGAAAGAAAUGGACUUGACAAAUACUCCGUUCAGUCCAUCAACCAUCAAUCUAACACGCCAGAAAACAUAGCCCAUGGGUUCUAUGGUUCAAAACCACUUCUGUUAAAAGAUGUGCCUCCUAGCCCCAGAAAUUCCACAUCUUCUCUUCCUUCCAAUGCCAUUGAACAUACUGUACCUGUACAUCAACAAAUUGAUCCCUCAAGUUCUUCGGAAUCCUCCUCAAGUUCAUUUCCUGCCUUUCGAGAUAAAAGGCCAAUGGAUCUUCGCGAGUAUUUGCCCUUAUAUAGAGCUGCUUUGAAAGGAGACUGGGAGAAGGCCAAUGAGUUCCUAAAUUUGCAUCCAGGUGCGGAGAAUGCCAGGAUUUCAAAAGGGAUGGAAACAGCUCUUCAUAUUUCAGCUGGGGCUCGACACACCAAAUUUGUGGAGGAACUGGUCAAAAGAAUGAGAAUUAAGGACCUGGAAAUUCAAAACAAAGAUAAGAACACUGCACUUUGUUUUGCUGCUGCAUCUGGGGUUACCAAGAUAGCAAAGCUAAUGGUGGAAAGGAAUAUAAACUUACCUGGAAUACGAGGUAGUGAAGGGGUGACACCACUUUAUGUAGCCACAUUACUGGGCCAAAGGGACAUGGUUUGGUAUCUCUAUUCAGUGACCGAUCAUGAGAUUCUAAAAACAGAAGACUAUUUCAGUCUACUGAUUGCUGCUAUAUCAACAGAUUUAUAUGAUUUUGCCUUACAUAUACUGGAGUGUCGACCACAAUUAGCGAUUUGUCAUGGCUUGAAUGGGGAGACAGCUUUACAUGUGUUGGCAAAAAAGCCUUCAUCAUUUCGUAGUGGCAUUCAACUAGACAUCUGGGAAAGAUGCAUCUAUCCAUGGAUCCGAGUCAAACUAACAACUGAGUACAAAUGCCAGUCAAACAACUCGCAAUCCCAGGCGCCUUCAACCUUUCAAGUUGCAGACCUACUGGUGACUGGACUCUGUCGUGCAGUAAAAUAUCUUGUGCCAGGAUUUGAAACAGUUCAGAAGAAAAAGAUAUUGAACUUACAGGCUCUAAAGUUAGUGCAACAUCUUUGGGAAGUAAUAGAGUCAUCAGACGAAAUAUAUGGAGACUUGAUUAAAAGCCCUUUGUCAAGGCCCCUAUUUAUUGCUGCUGAAUUUGGAAUACCUGAGAUUGUAAUUGAGCUUCUUCACUCAUAUCCCGAUCUCCUUUGGAAAGUUGACAGCCAAAAUAGAAGUUUUUUUCACAUUGCAAUCGUGUAUCGUCAGGAAAAAAUAUUUAACAUGAUUUAUGAAAUAGGGGCACAUAAGGAUCUGAUAACUUCUUAUAGAGACAAUAACAAUCACAACAUACUGCAUUUGGCAGGAAAAUUGGCACCUUCAGAUCAACUUCAUGUUGUAUCUGGUGCAGCACUGCAGAUGCAAAGGGAAUUAUUGUGGUUCAAGGAGGUGGAAAAGAUCAUACAGCCUCUAUUGAAGGAGAUGAAGGAUUCUGAAGGUAGGACGCCUCAAAUGCUAUUUACCGAAGAACACAAGGGGUUGGCCAAAGAAGGAGAAAAAUGGCUGAAGAACACUGCUUCAUCAUGCAUGCUAGUUUCAACUCUUAUUACCACUGUGAUGUUUGCAGCAAUCUUUACAGUACCAGGUGGGAACAAGAACAAUGGAUAUCCUAUUUUUAUGCACACUACAUCCUUCAAAGUUUUUGCAGUCUCAGAUGCUAUUGGAUUAUUCUCAUCAGUAGUAUCUAUAUUGAUGUUUUUGUCAAUACUCACAUCAAGGUAUGCACAGGAGGAUUUCCUUGUGUCACUGCCUAAAAGGUUGAGUGUUGGCAUUGCGACCCUUUUCUUCUCCAUCAUUACAAUGCUCAUAGCUUUUGGUGCAACAUUUUUCAUUGUACUUGGCCAUCAAUUGGCAUGGAUUUUCAUUCCAAUAACCCUAGUUGCAUGUAUCCCAGCAAUAUUGUUUGCCUUUUUACAGUUUCCUCUUCUUGUGGAUACAAUCUCUUGUACAUAUGGAGUUGGUGUAUUUUCUCGUUGAGAAAUUUGGUAAAUAAUAUUCAUCCUAAGUGAUUGAAUUAA